AUGAAUUCGUGGGUUAAAACAAACAGUUUGUCAAAAAAGAAAAGUGCCACUUUUACCUUUCUAGAAAAUGGAAUUCAGACGUAUAGAAGAAUGGUUAGGAAAAAAGACAUAGUGAAAGUGUUUGUAAUCUAUCUGUCUCUCUGCCACGUUUGUCCUGCUCAUCCCUGUGGUGAGAACCCACUCCGCAGCUUAAUCAGCAUAUCAGUCAAAACAGGUCAUCCAUUACGCUCUGUUCUUCUUGCUUUGAGGGAGAUGAAUGGUGUGAUGUAUAAAGAACUCCAGAAUAACUUUCAGCGAUAUGCAGGCUGUAUUGGAAUCGUGGAUACAGGUUACUUCAAACGUUCGGCUGCUUCAGUUUCACCUUACAAGCGCACACUCGACAACGACCAGGAUCAUAUAGAGGCUUUAGAUUUAUUUAAAACUUGGAUUAAACGGGAUUCCAGUCAGACGGAUCGUUUGUCACUUCUUAAGGAGGCAGAGGUCAUCAUGAAUAAUGAACUUUCUCCAUUCUCACGACAAUUUGAGGAGGACUACAUUACCAAUACGUGAAAUACAAGUCUUUGUAAUUAGCUGCAAUAACUUUCGCCGGUAUUCAAAUCAAUUAUCUCCAUCUUUUAUUUUUCUUAUAGGAUAUGAUUUUAAAUAAAGGUGC